GGGGCGGGAGCCGGGGAGGGCGAGGCAGCGGCCGGGCCGGGAUCUGCGCACACCCUCGGCAGCCCGGAGCUCUGUGCUCCCGCGUGCGGAGACUAGGGAGGCCCGACACGGCUCCGCACGCCGACCGCGAGCCGCCGGCGCAGGGCCCGAGGCGGGGAGUGGCAGCGAAGGACAGCUCGCCUGACCUCGCGGCCCGCCGAAGGACACGCGACCGGGGCUCCGUGGAGCACGCCGGCCCCGCCGAGCCCCAGCCUCCCAGGGCCGCCCCUCUGCGAGCGCUGACCGUCCGGGUCUGGCCUGCUCUGGCCCGUGGCGUAUGCGGUCAAGGGCAGGAGCAGGGGGUGUGAACUGCGGGCCGGCGGGCGCGGGGGAGGCGGGAGGCCGGGGUGCUGGGGCUUUCCGCGCAGAACUUUGGGUAUAACCGCGUGGACCUGCGUGUAUGCAUCUGCGCGCCUGAGGCUUUGUGUACUACGAGUGCGUGUGUCUGUCGAUUGGGUUUGCGAAGCCUCACCCAGCCUGGCAGUGUGUCCAGCUCCGGGGUGUCAGAGUGCGCUAUGGGUGAGAGUGCUGGACUUGGGCAGGUCUGGGUGGAUCCUGCUUAGAUCUCAGUAGUGCUAGAGGUAGUCUCCAUUCCUUUCUCCCUUUCUUCCUCCUUCUCUCAUCCCGCCCUCUCCCUCUCCUGAUUUUACCCUCUUGUGGGUACCACCACCAGAGUGACCCGAGAAUCUGUGAGUCACACUUAGUUCCCGGGUCUGUGGGCAUUGCUGUGGGAAGCGUCCCGAGGACAGUGAGUGUGGAACAGGGCGGGGGUGGGGGGGCUCUUGCCUUUCAGGAACUAUAGGACUGCAGAUACAAUUACAAUAACUGGUGUGGCUUCGGGCUUGGAGUGUGAUCCAUGAGCACCAGCAUAGCUCUCUCUCUCUCUCUCUCUCUCUCUCUCUCUCUCUCUCUCUGUGUGUGUGUGUGUGUGUGUGUGUUGUGUGCAAGUGCGCGCAUGUGAGCUAAUGUCUGGAUAAUUGAUAAGCAAGCCCUUUAGUAACUUACUAAGCAUCUUAUGAGAGAAACAGACAUUCCAAAGCAGUUAAAGGGAUGAAGCCUCCUUGUGUCUGCUCCUUCACCCAGGCAUCCCAAGGAAAAAGUUUUGAGUAAAAGAGAGUCCUGUUCUCUUUUAUUUGUGUGCCCCAGAUAUCCUCUGGGAUAUGGAGGCACUAAUGCACCAUCUAGGAAAAGUGUUGUGGACUAUCCCCACGUUCUUCAGACUUACUGAGGGCUUAAUGGGUGGGGGCCAUAAGUGGCACCUACUUUCAGGCUCUGAGUAGCUUUGAAUGCCAAAAGUAAAAAGCCAACUAGCACUCCCGUCCAUCCUUUCUAUCCAUCCUCUGGGAACUGAGAGAAGGCUAGGGACCCAGGGAGAUGUGGAGAGACCAGGAUUCCCAUGCCUGCUGUCUCAAGUGAGGGUUCCAAGAGCCAGGGAAGGGAGGUGGAGUGUGGGUUUUGCAAGUAUGUAGGGAACAGAGAUUCUUGGGGUACAUAUAUUCAACUCUUGGUCCCUGGUCCCCAUACAUACCAUAAGAUCUUGGUUGUGUUUUCUAAAAUGGGGAUAGAGCUGAGCUAUUCCUGAGUGAGGUGUUAACGAAAAAAUCUAACAAGUAGUCAGUGCUCAGCGUGUAUUAAACGGACACGGCAGAGGAGGAACACAGUGAUAGCACGGAGUUGUAAGCGGUAGCAGCCUUUGAACUAGGAUGAAAGGCCACGUGUUUGUUAAGAGAUCCACAUAGGAAGGUCAGAGAGACUUCCCACCUCUGCUCUCGGAGUUUCAUUCAUUCAUUCAUUCAUUCAUCCAUCUACCAUCACUUCAGUUAUUUGCUCGUGUUUGCACAGAAACACAGGCGCCCACAGAACACUGGACAGUGAGUGACCAAGGGACACAGAGAAGCAGCUUUCAUGUACAGAUACAUGAGAACAGGAGAGCCACGCCACACCUAGGGUCUCUGCUGACUGUGCAUUUGUGUGCCAGGGCUGUGUGAUGUAUGUACCCUCAGGACAUCAGGGUAUGUAUUGUGCUUCUGUGGGGUCAGAAGGUGUGCCUAUGAAGAGUUCAGAGCCACAUAAGGGAAAAAGCCCCAUCACCAGUGCCAGGUGUGUGCUAUGCGGGGAUGGUGGAACAUGGCAGGCAGAUUUGCAAGAGAAGUUGGGAAUGGGUAUCUGCUGCAUAUACAUGGCUCUGGGGAUCAGCCUGCCUGGGCCUUCAUACCACGGGAAUAAAGAAAGGACAGACACCGACAUGCAGAAAAGCUGAGAUCCAGGUGGUCUGGGCUCGCUGGUGGGGAAUCCACAGCUCUCCUAGAUCAGCGUAGUUAUUAUAUGCAGAGAGGUGGGGUUGUUGAAUAUGGCUAAGAAAGAAGGCAGGUUAUUACAGAUAAACAAGAAGGCAGGGAUAGUAUACACAGCUGAACAAGGAGGCAGGCUUAGCUAAUCUUGGUAGGAGGAGCCUUCUCUGUAGGGGAUGUCAUCAGGCCAUCAACAGGCAGUGGAGGGAGAAAGCUCAAGUGGACGUUUUCUGCACACACUGUCUCCCAUGGGACUGAGGCAUUGGGGUUCUCCAUAUGGGGUCAUGCCCAUGUCAGCAAUACACAUUCAUUGAGGGCUUCACUUGCUCCCUACAGGAAGGUGCAUAUGGCAUCUUUAUAUACAUAGGCACAUCAUAUACAUAUAUGUUUUGAUGAAUUAGUUGCAUAUAUACACACAUAUACACUUGUGUGUGUGUGUGUGUGUGUGUGUGUGUGUGUGUAUGCAACUGAUUCACCAAAACUCAAUGAAUAGAUUUGGAAAUGAACUAAGCAGAGCCCCAGUGAACUCAGUCUGGCCGAUGACUGUAGGUUGGUGGCCUUUUGACACAAGUGUGCAUGUGCAGUGAGUCUGUGUGGCAUGUCUCCAGGUAUGUGGUGGUGUCUCCUUUUUGUCCCCAUCUCCCAACCUCUGCAUGCUUACACAAAGGCAUUUGACUUUGACCUCAGUCAGGGCUUUCCAUUCUCUACCUUCCUUGUCUGGUCACCACCCCUGGACCCUGUCCUUCAUGCAGCUGACCUGCCACCUUCUAAAAUCCACGCAAAUCCCAGCCUUCCUGGCUCCAACAACUUGACUGCCCAAUGCUUCUUGUCUUGGCUUUCACAGACCUCAGUGAACAGGACCAGCUAGUUUCUGAGGUCCCCCUUCCCCCUCUAGAAUACCCCCAUGCUGUGGCUGCUAGAGUGUUUCCCACUCGUGCCAACACCCCCACACCAGGCUUCCACCCACUAGUGCCUGUACCAUUUCUCUGCCACACCUACAUCAUCACCUCGCCUGACACAUGUUCACACAACCUCACCUGUUAGCCGAACUGGCCACAGCCUGAUGGGCAUCACUUGCUGAGCUCCUUACGACAGCCUUGUGAGAGAGGAUUCCCAUGCUACAGAUGAGAACACUGCUUCUGUGGAGGAACGCAGUCAUUUGCCUAAGCACAAGCAAGGAGGCUGUGAUACGGACCCCACGGCCAUUCUAAACUCCUCCAUCAUCACAACGGUAUCCCGUCAUUAUACUUACUGGCUGCCAAGGGGCCAAGGGAUGAGCUGGGGUCAUUCUUUCCAAUGGCAUCUCCCCCUGGUCUGGAACUGAAGACAUUGAGCAAUGGUCCCCAGGUUCCAAGGAGAGCGGCCUCGCAGGGCCCCGUGGCGCCACCCAGGAUGGGUGUGGAGAAUGCCUGCUUCUUCUCUGAGGAGCAGGAGACUCAUUUCCAGAACCCUGGGGAUGCCAGACUGGGUAACGCCCCCAGUCCCCCUGGAGGUGUCCCCUCACUGUCCCGGUCCCAGCGGGAUGAUCUUUCUUUGCAUUCAGAGGAGGGACCAGGCCUGGAACCUGUGAGCCGCCCGGUGGACUAUGGCUUUGUUUCUGCUCUGGUUUUCUUGGUGAGCGGAAUCCUCCUGGUGGUGACAGCAUACGCCAUCCCCCGAGAGGCCCGGGUCAACCCUGACACAGUGACAGCAAGGGAGAUGGAACGCCUGGAGAUGUACUACGCCCGCUUGGGCUCACAUCUGGACAAAUGCAUCAUUGCGGGCCUCGGGCUGCUCACAGUGGGUGGCAUGCUCCUCUCUGUGCUGCUCAUGGUCUCUCUGUGCAAGGGAGAGCUGUACCGCAGACAGACCUUUGUCCCCGGCAGGGGAUCCAGAAAGACCUAUGGCUCCAUCAACCUGCGUAUGAGGCAGCUCACUGGGGACGGAGGCCAGGUCCUAGUAGAGAAUGAGGUUGUUCAAGUCUCAGAGACCAGCUAUACCACUCAGGGCUCCUAAGUAAGAGUCCACCCUGUUUUUGCUGCUUUAGCUGCAGAGCUUGGAGGUUCCCAAAACCUGGGGCUUCAAAGUGACACCCAUGGAGGGCAUUGUAGAGGGAGUUUUGGUGCUGGGGUGGGGGUAGCCUGGGGCCUGGCUUAGGCGUCACUCAGGCAAACACUGCUGAUGCGUUUGCAGCUUGAGGUUUUCGCAUAAGGCUUUGUUUGAGGAUGGCUUCUGCUGCUAAAAAUACAUUUUGGAAACCACUGCUCUUAGAAGAUGAGGCUACUUGGCAUUUCUCAGUGUUUGGAGUCGUGUGAAAGGUGGCUUCCAUUCUUCAUGCCUUGGGGAAUUCUGAGACUUAUACUGUCUUCAUUAGCCAAGUAAGAGUGUUGGGUGACUGACUAUGUACGGGCACCUUUCAGACCUGGCCAUCUAGGGUAGGGUAUAGCUUCAUGACGAUGGGAAACUGAGAUGAGCUGCCUGCAAGCACCCCACUGGUUGAAACAUAACAUUACCCCCUCCAAAUGUCAGGUGCUCAGUCUCUACAGUGAGGAGUAGGACUGGGUGCCUCAGCAUGGGCCACAUCUGCCCUGGGAAUAGGAAGUCAGCCUGCCUCUGGCUAUCCUUCAAGGGGUGAGGGUAUUCCGUAGGAACUGGCCAUUGACAGUGCCAACUUCUGGCCUAGCAUUGGUGACUACCAUUGCCAGGGGACAGCAGUCUCGUGACAGACCCCGGGUGAGUAGGUUUAGUUAAAUGUAGAAUUUGACACCGUGUGAAUUGGUUCUGGGGGAGGGGGUCUGAUUUCCUACGGUGGCUAAUUUUCUGCAGUGGUACAUUGACUAAGCACUGGGCAUCAGGGCAUGAGGUCAGUUGCCUUUCUCUGAGCAUACUGGGACCUUACCACCUUCCCUUCUCAGUGGGCUGUUACCCGGGACUGAUCUCAUUCUAGUAGCAGAAAACGAUUUUCUUUCAGGCUGAAUUUGUAAGUCCAGAUGCCAGUCACCAGGGGAGGAAUAAGGCACGCUCAAGUGGCCUGGAUAUUCCAGCCGCAUGGAUUGUUGUUUGCAUUCUUUCAUGGGUGAAAUAUUUCCAAGGCCCCUCCAACCUGUAUUUAAACUUCUGACAAUGGAAGUAGGCAUUAGGGGGCAAGGAGAUAGUGGGAGACAUUUGGGGGAAGUACUGUCAAGCCAAAAAGGCCCCCGAGGACUUCCAGAGCACAUACUGUCUAGGCUAUGGGAAGACUCUAAAAGGAUCAUUUCAUGAGUUCUUGACCUCCUUCAUAGCUGGCUGUAUAAGCUGAGAUCCUAGUUGUUUGGGCGUUGGGGGCAGGGGGUGGCACAGGAUCCAUAGGCUGGAGACUUCCUGACUAAGUGGAACGUAAACCUGCAGCCCAGGCAGCUUAACAUCUGGGUGGUAUAAUAUCACAGCUUCUGAGACAGAUCAAGUGUCUGCUCACGCUGGCAGUUUUUGCCUGGAGCAGAGGGCUGAAGGGGACAACAUUGUGCAGCGUGGCUUUGGAGGUUCUGCUAUGGUGCAGAGAGGGUAUGGCUUACAAAGAACAAAGCGCAAGAGAGCCAAAGGUCCCAAGGCCUGGGCUUCUUUAGAUAUGUCAGUUUCCCCCCAGCUGGAGCAGGGAAAUACCCGGCCAAGUGGCAGGAACCAAUCUAGGUGAAUUGCAGUAAAAUCAGACAUUGCCAGUGAUGGCCCCAGCUUCCCAAAUCCACGAUGAUGAUAAUAAAUGCAUCAAUCCAAGCUAUAUGGAGCCCUGUGGCAGUAAAGGGGGGAUGUUAGGCCGCAGUACUUACAGAGAGUGUAUGCCUGGAACCGUCCAGUCAGACGAGUUUAAACACCGUGAAAUGUAUUUAAGGGCUAAAUCAGCUAGAAGAUAAGAACAGCAGGGUUUUUGUUUUCUUUCCCCAAGCCGGAGCAUCCUGCUCUACAUUCCUAUAGGAAAACUUCUUUAGAAGCCACAUGUAAGUGGAUCAAGGCAGUCAUUGCCUUGUCCGUGAACUAAGAAGAUUUGAGAGAUGCUGAAAGUUUCCCCAGGAUUGCAGCUGAGCUCUCCCAGCCGGUGGACGGAGGGGUAGGAAGGCGCUGGGAAGGAUGAGGAACGCUGAGAACUUCCCUGUGCAUUUCUUUGGGGUUAGAUGUAGUUGUCCCUGUGGUUGCUGGAAUGUGCCUGCCUCACUUCCAAGAACUCCCUCUGCCAUCCCAUAGGCCACCAGGCCCCCAAAUCUUGCUUUUCUCAUUGUAUCAACAGAUAGUGACCUCAGAACUGAUAAGAUCUGGGUUUGAAUAGGAGCCCUGCCACUUGCUGGCUGUGUGGGCAAGUUACCCUACCUCUCUGUCUGAGUGGGCUAGCCAGGUCAUACCACAUUUCUAGGGUAAGAAACAUGGUUGGUGUAUAUAAUGGACAUUCAUGUUUGAAGGAUGAAACAAACAAUUUCUAUUCCUGUCAGGGCAGCUGGUGGCCUAUGCAAGGUCCUGGAGCCCCACAAUCCCUGCCCAGUUUCCCAGAGCCCUUGCUGUGGGCUCAGUAUAAAUGACAUAGAAGGUCCUGUGACUAGAAGUAUGGGUGUGGUUUGUCACUGAGCUCUGUAGCUGGAACCUCCUCUCUGGACCUUCAUUCAGCUUUGUUUUAGGGGUUUUCUUGAUAGAGAAAGGUGUGUCUUCCCAGCCCUGCCGUGACAGCCCAGUGAUGACUGGUCCCAGGAGACACUUGCUAGGGGUAGAGGUACGUGAGUCCUGACUCCUCUCUCUUAUCCACGGCCAUAGGGUGUCUAGGCCCAGACUUUAGGGCCUAUGACUGUCGCCGCCUCUGCUUCCUUUCAUGCACAACGUGGAUUUCCCAGUCAACAGGGAUGGAUGGUUGAUUCCACCACCAUUGCCCUCUUUCUUGGGAACAGCAUCACCCUCCUGGGGAUUUUCUUUCAAAUAUCUUCUUCCUUACAUACACACUUCUGUGCGCGCGCGCACACACACACACACACACACACACACACGCAUGAGUAUACACCUCUGUAGUGUGUGCAUGCACAAUCUCUCUCUCCUCUCUCUCUCUCCCUCCCUCUCUCUCCCUCUCUCUCUCUCUCUCUCUCUCUCUCUCUCUCUCUCUCUCUCUCUCUCUCUCUCUCUGUCAUGAGCAAUGCACCCUGUGCACACCCCUGCAGCUUUCUUAUUUGACCUUGCUCAGAAGCCAAGGACUCACCCUCUGGCUGCAGAGCUCUAAGCCAGGGCAUCCUCUGGAAACCCGAUGAUGGUUUCUUUCCCUCUCAGACACAGACCCUGUGGUGUUAAGCAUGCUGCCCUCCCAGCAACAGCCCAGUAUCCAUCCCCUCUACAGUUCCCUUCCAGCUUCCUUUCUGAGGGAUUCCAGAACCUUGGUACUUGGGAAGGGGACUGAGCUGGGAACUGGGAGAGCCAUGUCAGGCUAGUUACCACUUCUAUGGGUUUCAGCAAGCAAAGUGCAGACAAAGGUGGGAGGCUUCAAGAAGCCAGAGGUGAGGUUGUUUGAGGGUAAGUGGGAUGUCAGGGGUCUGAUAUUGGUGGGGAGUUAGGUAUCUUUAGAGAUGGAGCAUAAUGGAGUUACUUAGAUUUAGUUGCGGCUUCCCCAAGCUUCCAGAUUGCUCACUUGAGAAGAACCAAGGUCUUUGUGGGCAGAGCCUGGCUUUUUGUCCUGUUCUAGCUUCUUGCCCUUGAGCCUCUGUGUAUUCUCUUACCUAUAUCAUUCCUCUUCCUAAAUUGGUUUGUCCCAAGUAGACGGACAGUAUAUGACACCUUCACAGUUCAGAGGGUGGCACACAGUGCUGGAGCAUCGUCCCUACAUGAAUCUCAUAGGGACAAGAGUCAAAACCCCGAAGGUCCAUGGAGGCUGAUUCAUCAGUGUAAGAGCUGGGUGCUCAGGUGCUUGGCAGUGACGCAGUGCUUCCCGGCCCAGUUCUUCUUCUUGGAAGGGGCUGUGAUAGUCACAGUACCUUCCCCAUAAGACUGGUGAGCAGUAAGUGAUAUGUCUUUAAAGCACUUAGCACAGUGCCUGCAUUUUCCAGUUGCUCAGUAAAUACCAGUUAUCUGUUAUCUCAUUUGUUCAUGGUAUCCUUCCAUGGUACAACACAUGUACACAGCCCUAGCUGUCUUGUGCAGGAUGGUGUGGCUGUGCUGUAAUGUAGGACACAGUGCGCGCGUGUGCGCGUGCGUGUGUGUCUGAGUGCGUGUGCGUAGGUGGAUUGAGGGAGACCUGUGUGAUGUGAGGGUCAGAAAGGUUCUUUUGGAAAGGGGAUGCUUUAUGGGAAUCUUAAACAAACAGGAAGUACUGAUGUGAAGAGUUGGUGGUGGGGGCUCUGGGCACAGAGAGAGAGAGAGACAGAGAGAAACACACACACAGAGACAGAGACAGACAUGUGACCAAGAGGCUCAGGCCUCAGCAGCAGGUGAGAGAUGAGGUAGGCAGGUGGUGACUAAGGAGUGUGCAGUGGGACCCACAGUGGGUGCUUGGGCUUUAUCAUCUAAGAGGGACAGAUAGAUUCAGGCUCCUAUGAGAAGGUUGUACGGGCAUGAGGGUGGUAAUGUGGUAACAGGGUCUGUCCUCCCUAUACUUGCAGGUUUGUCUGGAAGAAUCUUCUAUAACAGAUGCACUGUGGAGGCAACACUGCAGCACACCCUGGCUCUCCUUUACGGCCCUUCUUACUCCAGUCGGGGGACAUGGCUUUGACUCUGUGCCUCAACUUGGCAGCCCUCCCCCACUUGAUUUCUGAGUCUCCAGGGUUAAGGUGGUAGCUGCUGAUCUCCUGGCCUUAAGGGAAAGCAGAAAAUGAAAAGAGACUCACCCAUUCUUCUGGCCCAGAGGAACAGAGAUGGGAAAAGAAGGCAGCUGCCAUGCCAACCUCUUCCUGGGAGGUGUGGCAUCUGGGUCAGUCCUGACGCCAGGGCCAGUGACAUUCAGCAAACUCUAUCUCCUCUUCUUUCCUUUCUUCUAACCUCCUUCACCUGAUUCCUGUGUCCACAUCUUCUUUCAUCGGAGUUACUUGCCGGGGGUUGGGUGCCCGGCGGUGAGCUGUCACUAUUGCUGUCACUCUCCCAGCAGUCCCUAUUCUCUCCCGUCAGAGAUUAAAGCAGGAACCCAAGUGCAAAUGCCUGCAGAGUUUUUCAGGUAACAUCAGUGAACACAGUAGAUGGCCAUGACAGUGGUGAUAAGAUUAAAGGGGGAAGUGUCUGUUCUGGCCCUGGCCAGCUGUUGCUUUGUGGUCACCAGAAUCCCAAGUUUUUCAAUUGCAACUGGACAGCUGGACGCUGUGGGUACAAGGAUGUGGCAAGGUGAGCGCUGUGGUGAAGUCAAGGGAACAGUCAAUGAGAUGUCGUUUGCUGGGGUCAGAGAUGCACAAUUCCCUUCUCUGGGACUUACUAAAUCACUCACAGAGAUGAGUGCCUUCAAGAACGUGGGCAGUUCCUGACUGCAGGCCAGGGACUACAUGAACCCCAUGGUUUCCACCCAAGAACCCUUGUUCAUCCAUUCACCAGGUUUGAAUAGCUGCUAUAUCCAGUUCUAGAGCUUUCUUUAGCAUUCAAGAAAUGAAAGCCCAAGGAAUACUGACUGUCUUCUAAAGUUCAGGUCUAUUAUUAUCUGGAGAAUUUCCAAGAUGAAAAGCACUGGCUUGAGGAGAUGGUGAUGUCAGGGAUCAUGGAGAGGGCCAGGUCCUUUCUCCACUCUGAGAUGCCUGCCUACCUCCAGAACUGGGUUAUCCUGGCUUGGAAGACAGUGUAGCUUAGGAAGUUAGAGGUCUCCCCAGCACCACAGAGGGUGGGUGCUGACCAGGGUGCUGAAUCGACAAUGGUGCUUCCAUACAGGCUAGCUAGGAGGAAGAACUGGCCUGUUCUUGUGACUAAGGACCCCGGGACUGUUUUGGUCCACACUGAGCAGGGAAGCCUUGGGUGUGAAGACAGAGUUUCUGUGAUGCUGAGGAAAUCUUUCUCAUGCAUGAUGUGGACUAGCUUUUUCAUCCGUUUACUUCAGAGUAGCAUCUAUACUGCCAACCCCAGAGGACCAAGGUGAGCAGCAGCUGGGGCUAUGUGGCAAAGCAUAGCAGAUCCCAAAUCCAGCCAUGAGACCCAGAAGAACCCCUUAGCUCACCCUCAAAGGAGCUUACUGGGCCUGUCUCCUGCAGAGUGGAGGUUGUGGCAGGUGUUCAGAUGCCCCCCUCUAAUCUGGGUUCUGCUAGCGCUCAGGAACACGAGGAACACCCAGAAAACAGUCUGUUUCAGUCUCUGCCCAUACUUGGAAUUAGGUAGAAUUUCUUUCUCAGACAGGUCCUGACUUUUUUCCAGAUUCUGGGAUGGAUUUUGUCUGGUGACCAUGCUCAUGUGAAGUUUGGGUACAGCUCUACUGAAAAGCUCUAGAGCUGGGCAGAUUUAGUUCAGCCAUCCCUCAGGGAUAUGUCCAGGACUAAUGCUCCUAAUCUUCACCUCAGGUUGUAGUAAGUACCGUCUGGCAUAAGAAGCUGUGCACACAGUGGGAACCAGAUAAACUCUUGUCUCCUUCACUGGUUUGGCCCAGAGUCACUCUCCUUUGUCUUUAAGCUCCAUUCUUACCAAUAUGACUUCCACGGCGGCUGCUGACACCCACUGAGCUCCCACUACCUUUGAUAAGACACAUUUAGUGAGACUCUCCAGUAGCCACACAGGCAGGGGUGACACCACUUCACAGAGGAGGAAAGCUGUACCAGUAAUGUGCUGGAGCCAUUUCCACGCUUGCUUUCUGUCAGACCUUCCUCUCCGAAGUGGGGCAGAAUGACUAAUGAACUGAGGAUGAUGUUACCUCACAAGGGCACCCAAAUGUUUAGAGAUAUUUAUGAAAUAAAUAUGCUUGAAUGAUCCAUAAGGCUAAGGGGAUGGAGUAUAUAUUAGGGGUACAACCAGGGAAAAAAUGAAAAUAUGAAUUCAUUAAUCAUGCAUGCCAUCAACUAAGGCUGACUGACUCAGUUCUUUGUUCCUGAUAUGCAGGUGAAGGUAAAGGGCUUCUACACUUGAACAUCUCAAAUUCCGUGUGCACAUGGAAGGUGGGAAACUUGUCAAAAGGCAAGUUCACUGGGGCUGGAGAUAAGGUUCAAUACUCAGAGCAGCUACUGUUCUUCCAGAGGACCUGGAUUCAAUGCCCAACACAGCUCACAAUUAUCAGUAGCUCCAAUUCCAGGGACUCUAAUGCCCUUUCUGGCCUCUGUAUGUACCAGGCAUGCAUCUAAUACAAAUACAUACACACAGGCAAAACACCCAUACACAUAAAAAUAAAGUGGUAAGUCUGGGGUGGCCCCUGAGAGUAUUCAUUUCCAGCAAGACUUUGGUAGUGGUGGUACUGAAUAGAAUGACUUCACCAUUCUCCAACCUUGUGAUCUGUGAAUUACAACGGGACUUUGCAAACAAGACCUUGAAGGUCUUUGCUUAGAACUGUGGAUUGGGGCUCGGGAUGUACUGUAUACAAACUCCUGAGGAGUCUUAGGAGAUGGUGAGGCCAUGGCAAGCAAGGGUGUGGUACCCUUCUACAUUGUUGUUAUUAUAUGAUCAUAGGAGGCUCAGCAGAUCUGUUCCACUGAACCUUCCCAAUGGCAGAGAUAGGAAAAGUGCACGAGGGCUUCCCAGGACCUCUUGUUGCUAGAGUCUGAGGUGAUAGGUUCUCACAACCAGGUGAAGUCAGUCCAUUUAGCUUUGAACUAGGAACCUGAAUGUGAGCUGAAUUGGGCACAAGGUGACAGGGAAAGGCAUACACUUUCCGAUGCAGACUUGGACAGCUGCUACUGUACAGUUCCUACUUCUCAGACCAUGGUGAUGAGCUCUCUGGCUAAGUUAAAUGAGUAUUUACUGCCCGGAACUUCCAGACUGGCCCCUCCUCCUCAGUUGCUCUGAACCAUUACACUGUGACUUUCCUAGCACUUGCUUUAUGUAGCUUAUUUGGAAUGACACGUGCAUGUGGUUAGCCAGGGUCCUUUGUUGGGAGCAGAGGAUGGGCCUUCCGCUUCCACAAGAACAAGUGAGAUACUUAGACUUCCUGAUGCAUCCUCGGACCUGGACAGUUACCAGAGCCUUGCCAGUCUACUGCUUAUACCCUCACUCUCUGCCAUGCUUGCCUUUUGACCUGUUCUCAGAUUCCUGGUCAAGUCCAGAGAAGUGAUUUAGGGUGUGGCAUCCCAAGGGCAAACAAGGCCUAGAUCUGGUGGCUAGGAUGCCUGCCUCUGAGCAUCUGUUCUAGUUUUGAACAGUGGUCAGCAAGCAAACAAGUAUUACUGACAAGCAAAAGUGGGGCUAUGCCUGGGAUUGUCAUUGGUGGUGGAACCUGUCUCUAUUGGAACUGCACCGAAGUAUAUGUACAAAAUCAGGUGACAGAGAACAUGAAGUGAUCCAUGGAUUUGUUUUCCUCCUGCAAA